AUGAUAGGGCAUCAAAGUCACAAUUACCAGGAUGUAGUCAGCAAUCAUCAACCACAUGACCACAUUCAUGCGCCUCCUCAACAACAACACCCUCCACAACAGGGAGGAUACGGAGCACCGGUAGGACAGGGAGGACAGGGAGAUCGUCCACCAAAACCAGUGACGACAACCCCACCGGCGGCCGCGUUGUGGGAGAAAUACGGAAAAAUAGAUUUCAUGCAUGAUUUAAACCAUCUGAGAGAAGAGGCAAACAAUUUGCUUUAUAUGCAAGAAGCGGAUCAGAUAACCAACGAAGUGUCGGCCUUUUAUUACACUAAACUACACGACUUUAAUAGUGACGGCAAACUCGACGGAUUAGAACUUUUAUUAGCGGUUAAACAUUCAUUAGUCCAUCACAACGCCAGCUAUGAAUUUACGCCAUUGGAGGACAUGUCGAAUUAUGUGGAUUCUGAGCUGAAUCUAAUGGAUUUGAAUAACGAUGGGUUCGUUGAUUACGGGGAGAUCUAUACUUAUAUGGAGGCAAACAAACAACAGCAACAUCUACCAAAUAAUGCACCGAAUAAUCAACAAAUUAAUCCACCCAAUAAUCCACCGCAGUCUCAAUAAAUUGUCAUUCAUUUAUUAAAUGUUAAUUUUAUGUAAGAAUUAAUUAUUGCAAAAUAAAGUUAAAAUAAUUUCAUAAUGGGUUUAGUUAUAGAAAUAAAUGAUUGCUUUCUAUUAUAAUUUAUAAUAUAUUUAUUAAAUACAAUUCAUUCCGA